GAUCAUCGCACGGCGACUAUUCGGCCGUUGCCUUCUUUCACUUUUUCAGCUUCUUGUCGUUCCUCAUUUUUCUUUCAGCGCACGAGACAAGAGAAGGUUUACCGUACCGGUACAACUCCAGCAAUUCAGCAAGCAAGAUGAAGAUGAAGAAAAAGCCACAAUUGAGCAUCAACACACAAUGGGGAUCCCCACUGAGUAUAGCUGCACACACGAAACUCCGAAAGGAAUUACUUAUCAGUACCAAGAACCAACAACAACGACUUUGGUGGGACGAUGCCGCGCCAACCGAUGAUACCAUUACACCCCCGUCCUCCAACACACUCGUCAAGCCACUGGGACCGUUUGACGUUCCUUGGAUGCCGCAUCACUUUAAUCGUUCCACUGCGUUGGUUCAAGCCGUUGUGUAUCGAAACAAUAAGAACAUGGUUAUGUUCUGUCUCGAAAAGGAAGAACAACAAAACGCGAAGAAGCAAACGUGGCCGUUGUUUGUGGCGUUUCGACCUGGAGACGCUUCUUCCUCGGCAUUUCUCAUCUUUGACGCAUCCAUGGGCGACAGCAUCAAGGAUGACGGCGAAACCAAAACGAUUGUCUUUGACAAGGACAAUCUAGACCGUUACAAUGACGACCCCGAGUUCACAUCUAUGGAUAGCAAGCGGUUCCUGGGCAGUCUCGAUCGGAUUCCUCGAAGCCAUCCCUUUCAAGACACGGCGUAUGCACUUCACCGGGGAUACGUUCCCAAAAUCCAAGUGGCUUCCAUUGUCUAUGGUCCUUCCUUCUUGGGAGGACUGCGCCAGAGCAGCUCGCCUCGCAGUGCCAGCCUCUGCAUCUUUCCACAAAACGACGCUUGCUUGAUGCAUCAUCCCGAGCAACAGCAUUCACCAGGCGGUGUUCCAGAGCCUCCUCGCCGUCACCGUCAACCCAAUACCAUUCAUGAAACAGUGGCGGGCCUGCACAAGGAGGAGAAUGCUGUCAAAUACACCUUGAAUGCCUUUUUGUUUAGCCCAAAGAUGAAGCAGCGGCUCGCAGUUGCCCCGUCCUCAACCAUGAGUGAUAUCAUGGCGCCACCACAAGUCUUUGAACGCAAACGGGCAGCCUACGAUUCGGUAACCAAAAAGCGAACGUUGCCCUUUGUCGGGCGUCGCAGCAAAGUGGCUUCGACGAAAAACAUUCAACUGGUAGAAAAGUCGUCCAAUGAAAUCGUCUUGCAAAUGUGCAAGUGGAGUGAUCAGGAAUUCAAUCUCGACUUUAAGAAUCCUUUCAACGCGUUCCAGGUUUUUGGAUUCGCGCUCGGGCAGUUCGACUACUAACUAAAAGGUGUGUAAGGGAGUUGGCAACGAUGCCUUGAGAAUCGUCAGUGUGAAAGUCAGCUACAAGCAGUACGGGUACGGUACCCAACCCAAAGAAACCAGGAAACAACAAGCACUUGAGAUUAUUUAAUUGCAGCUCAACCGAAAUAAAGAUGCUUAACCACUCUAGCUACCGUGCCGUAGCAGGGCCCUCUGCUGAAUCCUCGU